AUGCGCAUUGAAUACCGUGCUCCGGUUGUUGCUCUCCACUGUGCUCUCGGGACGGUCUUCAAAAGCCGAUAUUAUUGAAACCUGUCCAGGUGAUUGUUUUCAUAUCACAUAAGAGGAAAUUGUUAUUCAUUUAUAAUGAAGGCUUCCCGGUAAAUUGCUCGUCUGCAAGUGACAUGAAUUGUUUGCUAAAACAGUGAUCUUGGAAUUUGUGCAAUAUGGUUUUUUGUGUGUAUUUAUCAUGAUAAUUUAAGGACUGACAGUUGUGUUGUAAAGCCUUCAUUUUUAGCUAAUUGUUAUCGGGGAUGUGAACUGGAGAUUAAGAAAGAUAACACCGUCUGCAAACAAUGGACGACAAGAAGGGCUCACGCUACGUCAGCUCGAAAGUUUCCGAAAUCGCCAACAGGUUUCAACAGAAUCAGUGCCAGAACAAGAAGGAGGAGAUCAUGGCGCCCGCCCUCACGACCAAGGUGAAGACGGCCAAGUUCGGCGGCAACCACGCGGACAGGAUCAACGAGAGCGCGGACUUGCCGAACCCGCUCGUGCGCACGGAAUCGCACGUGACGCGUUUCAACCACGCGCGCGCGCUCUUCGAGAAGUUGGGCGAGGAGAACAGUCGCAACAGCAGGCGGGAUGCGCAGAGCCGCGCCGCGCCGCUACAGUCGACCAAGAGCGCCUCGAGCGUGUUGGACGCGUCUGCGCGGUCGCGUAGCAGUUCGGCCAAUAGCGAGCCCGCGGUGGGCCCACGCGAUUGUAAGUCCUUCGAGUUCGAGAGCGCUUCGUCUAGGAGCCCCUCGCCGCCACUGCCGCUGCUGCCGUCUUCCAACAGGAUCGAGACGGUCGAUAAUGAAAAUAAAUUUAGCGAAACAUUCCAUAUAUCAAACGAGACCAAGAGCAAAAUCAACGGCGUCGAUCACAACAAGACGUCGAAGACCGCCGCCAUGAACACGACUUAUGAAGAGCCCAGCAACCAUCAGAACGAACAGAAUGGCAACGUUCCACAGCAACAGCUCGACGAUCGGAACGUGUCGAAACCGGUCCUGAUGCGUAAACCAGACAGGCCGGACAAGCCGGAGCGCAGGCUGAACAGCAAGGAACUGAUAGAGAAACAGCGCAAUUGGACCUCGCACUUUUCGAAGUCGCGCUCUAACCGGUAUAGCAGUGAUCCCAAUAGGCAGACGGAGGUCAAGUUGCCCACGGCGAGAACCGCGGGCGAUACGAACGUUGGCGACAACCGGACGAAUUCUUCGGCGUCGUCCGUAGCGAUCAGAAGUCAAUCCUUCAACAACAAGAUCCGCAGUCCCCCUACGUCGCCGCCUCCACCCCCGGUACGUACCGAGGCGUCGAGACGGCCCAACGCCGGCCGCAAGGAGAGGCCGGCGUCGGUGAUUCCCACGCCUUACAAAAGUCCCGUCGCUAGUCCAACGAAGGAGACGGUACAACCUGCGGAUCCCAAGAAGGGACCCCUGUGUAAGUCCGAGGAAAACUGUUCGACGCAGAGGGCGACGUCGAACAAUGACUACAUUUUCAAGAAUAACGCUUACGUGCAGAGUAUCAACAAUUUUUGUCUGCAUCCACCGCCCGUACCGAUUGGUGGGGUUGCUAAUAAGACGGUAGCGUCGGAGGAGCAAGAGGUGAACAAGGAAAGUCUAUCGGCUACGUCUGAAAGCCUGUCGUCUUUGAGCCCUCCAAGCAGUCCUAGCAGGGUGAGAAGCGAGAACGAGAAACAGGAACAAGAGGCGAACGAGAAAUCGCAACUGAAUUUGGAUGGACCCGAGCACAAAAAGGAAGAUAAUAAGACUGAAGAUUUCAACAAUGUGCCAAGGAGGAAAAAGGUUUCCAGCGUUUCCAUCAAUCUACCAGCUGCUGGCUUGGGAAGCCGACCCGCCUCCAUUGUCAGUUCCUCAACGAACGAUGAGGGUGGUUUCAAUGAACCUCUCCCGAAGGUUGAGGCCAAGCUGAAACCUCACGAGGAAUCUUUGUAUGAUUUUCCGAUGAAUGAGGACAAGCCCCUACAAUAUUCCGAUGACGAGGACGAUUACAAAAAGCCAGUUGAAGUGACGGACGUUUCGUCUAAAUCACCCCCUAGGGUCUGUCGUUUGAGUCAGGAGGAGAUAGAAGCUUUGUAUGCUGUACCGCACAAGCCUAAUAGUGUUGUACACCAAAAAUCUACUACUUCAACUGAUUCUGAUACUUCACAGGUUACUGUGAUACCCCAACAGAAAUCCAUCGACUCCGAUGUUAUGUAUAACACCACAAUAAAUAACAGCGCAGUCGUUACGUCAUUAGACAGCCAUGAAGAAGAAAACUGUGAUAAAAUUCCCUCACCUAUGAAAUCUGAACCUUUUAUUAUGGUUAGGGAAGCAUUACAUGAUGAUGAAAGAGGAGGUACAAAAACACCUGAAUUACAAAAAUCAGAAGCUAAUAUUCUGGAUCUCAACGACGUGGAAUAUGCUGAUGCUAGUGAUAACGAUGAUAGUUUUGGAGAAAAGAAGACUGAGCCAGAUGCCAUGACCCCUGCAGAGGCAGAAAAUUUGCUCAGUAGUCAAAUACUCGAGAAGAAAAGAGCCGAAAUAUUAUCCGACGAAGAAGCCCAGGAGGUGACGCGCAUGCUCCACAAGGAAAGCAAACUCAAUAAAUGGCAACCUGAUGCCUCAAGCUCCUUGCUUCAGGACUCGGUCACUAGCUCUUUAUAUGAAUCGUCUGGAGCGGUGUCCUUGAACGACAGCAUGGGUCCUCCAUCUUUGCAGGACGAAUCGACAGCCGAAUCGACAGAGCAUUUGAGCGAUUACAUCAUCAACCGAACUCUAGACGCUCCCGAAGUUUCGAAGCACAGAGAGGUCGAGUCUUCACGUUCGCAGAUCUACGACUCCACCUCAAGUAUCGACACCUCGGCCCAGGAAGAUGGUUUCAGUCAGUCGAAGUGCGAUGCCAGUGUGUCGGAUUCUGGUUUACUCGGGUCAGUAACAAGCUUGUCCGAAGGAAAUAAUAUAGAUAUUAUGAAUGGAUACACUCCCAAAGCUGUUCCAAUAGUUGGUGUUGAACAUGGAGUUCAUUACUAUGAAGAUGGCCACUUUUGGAUGGAAGUCCCAGGUUUGCCUUUAGAAGAUGAAGAUGAUGACCUCGACUGUCCUAAUUACAUUCCUAAACCUAACACUAAAGUGCAAUUUACCAGUCAACCUAUAAAGGUUUACUCGACCUUUAGUAUAUCAGAUUACGAUAGAAGAAACGAAGACGUAGAUCCGGUUGCCGCUUCUGCCGAAUACGAACUUGAAAAACGUGUAGAAAAAAUGGAUGUCUUCCCUGUUGAACUUGUCAAAGGUCCAGAAGGACUAGGUUUGAGUAUCAUAGGUAUGGGAGUUGGUGCAGAUGCAGGAUUAGAGAAAUUAGGUAUAUUUGUGAAAACCAUCACCACUAACGGUGCUGCAGCUAAGGAUACAAGAAUCAGGGUUAACGAUCAAAUUAUUGAAGUUGAUGGUAAAAGUUUGGUAGGAGUAACACAAGCUUAUGCAGCUAGUGUUCUCAGAAACACUUCUGGAUUGGUCAAGUUUUUAAUUGGUCGGGAACGAGAUCCAGAAAAUAGUGAAGUAGCUCAAUUGAUCAAGCAAUCUUUGCAAGCUGAUAAAGAGAGGGAAGAAAGAAGACAAAGAAUCAUGGAAGCUGAACAGCAACAAAGUGAUGCCAGUACGGCCCCUUUGGGUUCUGCUAACACAAGCGUAUCAGAUGGUCCUACUAGUCCAAAUGUGAUUGCAGAAUCACUAUUUGACAAUGAACAAGAAAGUAACGAUGUUGAAGCCCUAAGGCAGCUUCUACAGGAGACACAACGUAAAUGUAACAUAAGCGAACUUGAGGUUUCAAGAUUGAGAAGCAAGCUCAUGGAACAAAAUGGCAUAAAAUCAGACGAAUCUGAAAAAUUGGAACAAACCAAUCACAAACUAAAAGAAACAGAACGCAUCUUACAAACAACUAAAAAAGAAGUUCAAACCUAUCAAAAUAUGUUGGAACAGUCGCAAACACAAUACCUGACAUUGGAAAAGAAAUACAACAAAGCCAAACAUUUGAUUAGGGAAUUUCAACAAAGAGAAUUGGAUAUGCUACAUAGGGAGGAAUUUUAUCAACAGUUACUACAAGAAAAAGACAUUGAAUACAAUAAUCUAGUCAAAAAUUUGAAGGAUAGAAUAAUAGCUCUAGAGAAGGAUCUUCUGGAAACUCAAAGGAAAGCUGGGUUGCCGAUGGUAUUGCCUUACGAUAGUAAUAACCUAAAACAAUUAACGCCUAAGCUAAUGCGUAAGCAACCUCCUAAGCCGCUAUUUCAGUCUUUAGAGACGGAUUUCUCCGACACUGAGGUAUCAGAUGUCAGCCCAGACGACGAUAAGACUGCAACAGUAGAACGUAAAUUGCCUAUAAAAGAAGAAUUUGAUAGUGCUGUUCCCCCACACGAACUUCUUGAUAUAUCAGCAAGUAAAAGUAAAGCUGAACUAGCUGGAAGGGGCGCGUUAGCCAAUAGACAACUUCCCACUGGUAAAAAAGGCUCUUUGAGUAAUAGUAGCUCGGACUAUGGAUUGGAUGAAAGUUACAAUUCAGGGGACGAGCUUGUAGAUUCAGCUUUUUCUCAGAGUGAUAGCAGCUAUACUCCUAAACAAAAGAAUUCCCGUCCUAACACUCUGAACACAUCUCUGUACUCCCAGUACGCUACCGCACAGCAACUGCAGUAUAACGCCCAAAACACACAAUAUUCUGUUCAAUAUAGUCAAGUCCAAAGUUCAAAUAUAUAUUCCACCAAUAACACUGCCCAACAGCAACCAUCUAACGCCAAUGUAGUUUACGCAAAGAUUCAAAAAGAAUCAUCAAAUAUACAGCAGAGUAGUCCUGAUCCCUGGAAUGGACCACCUACAAAGAAAACAUUGGGUAUGGGACCUCCUGCCUCAUUAGCAGAACAACUGAAGCAGGUUUUAGCGCAGCGAGAGAAACGUAACGACAGCUUAUCUAGUUCAACGGAUGAAUUAAAUGAAAAAAGCAAACACGACGCUGCCCAGCAUCUUCUAGAGGAAAUUAGACAAGCUGUCAACGAAGCCAAUGCAAAAGUUAAAAAAGUAGCUCCAGUUAGUUUAUCACCGCCAGGUUCUACACCUUGGCAGCACCAGGGCAGUAUAUCACCAACUCCCCCGUCACCGUCUAGUUUAUCAUCAGGGUCAGUGUCGCCCUCUAGGCACGACAUGUCCUGGCCCACUACCGAUCUCAGCCUCUCUUCACUAAGUAUUUGUAGCGAAAAGAGGCCUAGUGGCUUCUGGCAUUCUGUGCCUGUAUCAGAAUGGACUAAAGAGCAGGUUUGCCAGUGGCUUGCAGCGUUUGGUCUUGAACAUCAUGUUACCAAAUUCUCAGAACUUGAAGUGAAUGGGCCAUCGCUGUUACUCCUCACCUCAACUGAUUUCAAAAUUUUAGGUAUAACGAGUGACGAGAAAGCUCGUCUGAAAAGAAAAAUAAAAGAAUUGAAAGUUCAAGCAGAAAAGGAGAGGAAACAAAUGGAAAGAGAUAGAAAGGAAAAAGAAAAAAUGAGGAAGAAAGCUGAAAAGGCUAGUAAAAGAAAUAAGUAAUUUUUAAAACUUCGAAUUGCCAUAGUGUGGGAUUUGUUUAGGCCUAACUAUAUUCUUUAAGGCCCAUUUUUGUUUCCUACUUGCCAUUUAAAAUUUUCAUAGAAAAUUUUUUUCAUGUGAGGUGUAAAUAUGUUUAUAUAUUUCCUAUUUAUUUAUUUAAAUACAUUAUAAAUUCAAUUCACUCUAAUUUUUUUUUCGAAGAAAAUACUUCUGUAAACCAAAGUUUUUAUUUGUUUGAAUUUGUUGGAUAAAGGGACAUAUACAAGGUUCGGGGUUGACUUCGUACUGAUUUAUACUCUUUUAGAUAAGUGUGUAUAUUAAUGAUGUGCUCGUGUUAGAUGUUAGUUAUGUAUUGUAAAUAUUCUUAUGAUGUUGAUAUAUUUAUGUGAAGAAAUCAACUGAAUUCAAAUUCAUAUGUUUUAAAAGAUUUGAAUCAACAUUUUUUGGGAUUUGAGAGAGUAUUGUUCUUGAACAUUUCAAUUUAAUUUGAUGAAGGAUCUGUAUAGAAAUAAUUUAUUUCUAAUUACUUCUGGAAGUUGCAACUAAAUCCAAUAAGUAAUGAAUUUCUGAAUGCACUCAAUAACUAAAUUUCACUUUUAAUCAAAAUUUUUAAGUUGACAUGCAAUAAUACUAAUACAAAAGUUCCUUAAGUUAUUCAAAAUAUUGAAUUCAACUGGAUGCUUCAACACCAUAAAUAAGCUCAUGUAAGUGACUUACAUUUUGUAAAUAUAGUUGUAUAUUUGUGACUUUAUCACAUGUUCAGGUUCUCUGAAUGAGACAUCACCAUUUCACAAAAUCUUGAUAUUUUAUUGAGCUUAUGCAGACCUUCAAUAUUUCUCAUUUGAUAAUAUACUUUGAAAAUUUAAUCGUCCCUUUGGUGGCUGUGAAGAGUAAUAUGUUGAGAGGAAAACUAUAAAACUUUUUUUUUACCUAUAUAGAAGUGAUUCUAUAUAAACUUGUCUGGAUUUCAUGAAAAAUGCUCUCGCCAUCAAUAUUUACAGUAUAACCAGUGCCAAUAAUAAUCUUAAUGUUACACAUAAGGAAUUUUCAUAAAAAUGUCUGCGGUUAUAUCAUUAAAUGGAGAAUAGUAGAAAUAUUCAAACAUAUAUGUCUGGAUUAUAAAAAUAACUACAGUUUUUUAGGGUAUACUUGAAAUUUCUGUUGAUGUUACAUUGGAACGGAUGUAUCUAAUUGCAAGGUUUUUUUUCUGAUGAGGUCUUUUACUUUGAAUACAAUUUUUCAUAAGAAAUGAAUUAUUGAGAUAAAGGUAAAAGGAGUAUUUCACUUUGACACCUCUAAUGAUUGGUUGUAUGAAACCCUUUAGAGUUAAUAACAAUUCUUCAAUGGAAAUGCACCAUUGAAAAUUAUUUUGAUAGUUGGCAGAUAGAAAAAAUCUGCUAAUAACCAAGUCAUAUUGAUAAUGAGUGCAAAACAUAUUCUUUCUGGCAUACACUUGAGUUGCCAUCUCUGGAAGUUAACUCAUAGUCAACAGAAUACAAUUUAUCAUACUUUGGGAAGAAUAAACUGAAAUGUCCCAAAAUAUUAACACAAUGUUUGAGCACUUUCAUUCUAAAUUGAAAUUAGUAUAUACCAAUAGUAAAAUUGUAUUUGGAGUAAACCUAACAAUCAAAAAUUAAUGUGGUACUUCUUGAUAAAUUGAUCUUUUAUUUGAAUUCCCUCAACUGUUCCAAUGAAUCAUCAAUAAAUAACCGACCAGAAAUUUUUUUUUUAUACAACAUAGAUAUACUGUUUGAAUAUAAAAAAAAAUAUAGUGAAACCUUUCUAAUCAAUCACCAGUUUGACAGAAACACAAAAAAAUUAUAGUACCCUAAUAAAAAGGAGGGUAUCAUUGAGGGGUUAAACUAUUUUAAUUAUUCUUUAUUAUAAUUUUUAGUCUUGAAAACUAGAAAUAAUUUAAAUUUGCACCAAUUUUUUUUUGUUUACAAUAUUUGUGAAUCAAUUAUAAUGUGAUGAUUGAUAAGUAACAAAAAUAAUUCAAUAACUGCAAAUAUCAUGUAAAUAUAUGGGAAGAGAUAAAAAUCAAAAUUUUCAACUAAUACCUUCCAUCUCGCCCAAUUUGAAUUUCAAUUUUGCAUUUAAGAAAUGUACUCAUACAUCACCUCAAUAAGAGAAACAAGAUUAAUGGUAUUAUAGUAUUUUGAAUCGAUAACAUGUCUAAAACUGGUCCGUUUAUUUUUUUUGGGACCAAUAAUUUGUGUGUCAUUCGUCCCCAUUCAUAUUUGCUCAGACAUUUUUUCCAAUUGGUAUUUCAUUACCUUAUUGUCAGUUGUCACUUUACUUUUUAAACUUUUGUAAUGUUAAAAACUCAUUGAAUUUAUUGAAUGAAUAAAUCACAUGUAAUUUGU